AUGGCCCGCUUCACCUCCAAAAUCGCCUUGGUGACGUCGUGCGCAUCCGGCAGCGGCGCCGCCAUCGUCCGACGCCUGGCGUCCGAAGCCGCGAUCGUCAUCGCCGCCGACAAGACGGGCCACGAGGCGCUGGCGGCCGAGCUGGGCGACAGCGUGAUCCCACGACACCUCGAUGCGGCGUCGGAAGACAGCAUACGCGAUUUGGAAGCCUACAUCCGAACGGCGCAUGGGCGGCUCGACAUCCUGGUCAACAACACGGGCAUGGGCGGGCCGCGCUGCCCAAUCUUGGACGUGACGGCUGCAGAUGCCGCCGAGGUCUUCCGGUACAACAUCCACGGGGCCUUCCUCCUCCUCCAGCUCGGGCUACGCUUCAUGACUUCGCAGCCCACGGGAGGAUGCAUCGUCCUCACGGCAUCCAUUGCAGGGCUGGUCGGCACGCCCAACUCGGCCCCCUACGCCAUCUCCAAGGGCGCGGUGAUUGCCAUGGUCAAGACGGCGGCGGUCGAGUACGCCAAACACGGGAUCCGGGUCAACGCGGUAGCCCCCGGCCCGACAGCGGUGCCGAUGGUAGAAGCGCUGGGCGAGGCUGCGACGGCCGGGUUGAGAGCGAGGAUUCCGCAGGCGAGGCUGGCAGAGCCGAGGGAGGUGGCAGCAGUGGUUGCGUUCCUGGCGGAUGACCAAGAUACAGGGCACGUCACCGGGCAGGUUUGGUGUGUUGACGGGGGGUGGACGGCGGCGUAG